CUCAGUUCGAGGCAUAGGACAUAUUCUUAAACACAUAGGAGUCAGGCAUUGUGUUGAAAGCUUUUAGAAUGAACAUACUGCUCGGAAACUGUGUGGGCAGCUGCGAUCAAUUGGCCGGCCCGCCACCGGACUUUAUCCUGUCGAUGCCGCCGCCGCCGCUGCCAUCGUUCCUUAUCUCCAAGCCGGCAACAGUGGAGGCCCUGGUGCCCUCCAAUGAGUCGCAGCCAUGCUUCGCCGCCUUCAUGUGUGGCCAGGGGCAGCAGCACAAUGAGAGCGGCAACGCCCUUAUGGAGCUGGUGCGUAGCGACUCCAAGAGCCUGGAGAAUGUCUGGCUGUUUAUCUCCUCGUGCAUCGGGAUCUUUGUGCUCGGCUGCUUCCUGGCCCUCAUCGUCAUCCGAUGCAGGGACUCCUUCUUCUCGUACCAGGACGCCAACAUAAAACAGACAGCCAUCAGCGCCUUGGGUGAGGCCACCAAGUCCAAUGCCUUUACCUCCGGCGGCAUCCUUUAUCCCUGCGCCACGGCCAAUAGCCGGGAUUUGCUGCAGAGCCAGCUGGUCAACGACAGCCGUUUGCUCUGGGCCACCCUGACGCCCCAUGGCACCCGACACUUUAUCAUCGAGAACUCGCAGGAUGGGCACUACGAGUCGGUGGACUAUCGCGGCAAGUCCCACAGCCAGGUGUUCCGUGGCUAUGCAAAGCAUUCGCAGUCUUUUGUCAAGUCUUUCGACAAUAAUGGUUUUGUCGACUAUGACUAUGAGGACCCUACACCGUUGAUGGACUCGUACCACGAUGAUAUGGACUCCGGCUAUCAAGAGCCCCACGAGGUCACUGGCUCCCUGAAGCGAUCACCGAUGCGAACCUUGGACUCGGCGAAUGGGACCCCGACCGGUGCUGGCUCAACCUACAACUCCAAUGGUGGUGCUGGCGGCGGCUCUGGUCUCUCCUCGAACCAGAAUGGCAACUCCAUGUCCAUUAGCCGCAAGACGACGCUCUCCCGCCGCAUCAGCGACGCCUCCUCGCACAAUGGCACCUCGAUGUAAUGUGGGAAC